GAUUAUUAUUUCACGCACGUUUAUGAAAGACCGUUUAACGUAGAAUGUGUGUUUUAUCCGACUGUUAAAAAUAAACAUCUUCGAGUGCAUCCAUCUAUGUAAAUGGCAAGUAUUUUAGUACACAUUUUAAACCGAAAGUAACGAACGGGCUAUUCAGGACUAAUUUGAAUAUCGAUUCUUAAAUAUAAAAGUCGAUUGCAUCGGUAGUCUGUGGCUAGCGUAGCUGCACAGCACUGACAGCAGUGACAGCACAGCCUUUCUUAAGUUUGUGUUUGAACAUGGCGGUCGGGAAAAAUAAAGGCCUGUCGAAGGGCGGUAAAAAAGGUGUUAAGAAGAAGAUUGUCGACCCAUUCACUCGCAAAGAUUGGUACGAUGUCAAGGCUCCGUCUAUGUUCAGCAAGAGGCAAGUCGGCACCACGCUUGUCAACCGUACCCAGGGAACGAAAAUUGCUUCGGAAGGAUUGAAGGGAAGAGUUUUCGAAGUUUCCCUGGCUGAUCUACAAGCUGACACUGACGCGGAAAGGUCUUUCCGCAAAUUCAGAUUAAUCGCCGAAUAUGUGCAAGGACGUAAUGUGCUCUGCAACUUCCACGGCAUGGACCUCACAACCGAUAAGCUCAGGUGGAUGGUUAAAAAAUGGCAGACUCUCAUCGAAGCCAACAUUGAUGUGAAGACAACCGAUGGAUACGUUCUACGUGUCUUCUGCAUUGGUUUCACCAAUAAGGACUCCUUGAGCCAACGCAAGACGUGCUACGCCCAGCACACUCAGGUCAGAGCAAUCAGAAAGAAAAUGUGUGAAAUCAUUACACGCGACGUCACUAACUCUGAACUCAGGGAGGUGGUGAACAAGUUGAUUCCUGACUCCAUUGCCAAGGACAUCGAGAAGGCCUGCCAUGGCAUCUACCCUCUGCGCGAUGUUUGCAUCCGAAAGGUGAAAGUGUUGAAGAGGCCCCGUUUCGAGAUCUCGAAGUUGAUGGAACUUCACGGCGAAGGCGGUGGAGGCAAGGGGGAAGCCGGAGACAAGUCUGAACGGCCGGAGGGCUACGAGCCUCCCGUUCAAGAGAGUGUUUAAUUAAAUAAUGAAAACAAUGGA